CUAAAAAAUAAAUGAAAGAUUUAAAAAAAAAUUACAUAAUUAUUUUUACUUAUUUUUGCUUUCAAAUUGACGAAAUCUUGCGUGUUUUGUAAAAGUGAAACUAAGUUAUACCUGCCAAUUUUGUAUGAAUUUUACAUCGUUUUGUUAAAUUGUUUAUCUAAAAUGUGUAUGAAAAUUUCGGUGAAGAAACCACUAAUAUAAGGUUAUACUUGGGCAAACAAUUAUUAGAAUUAUUUUUUUAACAUAUAAAAUAAAUGAAAGUAAAUCGGACGCGUUUUUCGUAUUGUUCUUGUUACAAUAUUAUCCUUUCCUAGUGUGCUAUCGCAGUAAAUUAAUUUUGCUAUCAGGUUAUAAAAAACGCAGCCACUGAAUGUUAUCGAUAAUUUAUUUAUAUUAUAUUAUAGGAUAAACUUCCAUCUCUAUUCUAUUUAUUCUGUUGUGUAAUAUAAAAUUUGUAGUAUUAAACAAUGUCAACUUCAGCAGGUCGAAGUGUGGGUUUGUUGACACGCGCUUGGCAUGAAAUUCCUGACAUCGUUGCCGGGUCAGUACUGGCUAUAAUUGGAGUCGGUUUGAGUGCGAUUGGUCUAGUCAAUUAUUAUAAUCACGACGGUGAUAACCGCCGAUAUAAAAUGACUUACGUAGUAAUGCGCCCUGACGACCCAAGAGCUGAGAAAGUUCAUAAGGAUUAACUUGCAGCAACGAAUGUUUGUUGGUACCAAUUUUAUUAAAUACAAUUAAAAUGUCAUUUAAGCUAAA